AUGGCAGCAGAUCUUCCCAAGACUAUGCAGGCGUGGAAAUUCACCAGCGUUUCCCCUACGCUCGAAGAGAAUCUGAGUCUUGACCAUAUCUCCCCUCUCCCAGAUAACUCCGCGUCGCUCCGAGCCGACCAAGUGCUGGUAAAUGUCCUCGCCGCGUCGCUUAACCCCAUCGAUUAUAAGUCCCCCGAGAUCCCCUUCGUUGGUCGCCUCGUAUCAGGCAGCCCCUCCAUCCCUGGCAUCGACUUUGCCGGCCGCGUGGCGGCGACCGGCCCCAACCGCAAGAAUGUUGCAUCGGAGGAUCUGAAGGUCGGGCAGCUGGUGUAUGGGCGGCUCAAGGGGCCUACCAAGUUCGGCACAUUGGCCGAGUACACGAUCGCGCCGCGCGCGGCCUGCGUGCCCAUCCCUCCCGGCGUGAGUGUGAUCGAUGCCGCGAGCGCAGCGACCGCGGGCUUAACGGCCUACCAGUCAAUAAUGCCGAAGAUCAAGGGUGGCACCGGUGAGCGCGUGUUCAUCAACGGGGGCAGCGGCGGGUGCGGCACGUUCGGCAUCCAGAUUGCCAAGGUCGCAGGGUGUCAUGUUACGACGAGCUGUUCGACUGCCAACGUGGAGCUGUGUAAAAGCCUUGGCGCGGACAUCGUGAUCGAUUACAGCCGCAAGGAUGUCGUCGCAGAGCUGAAGAAGAUGCAGCCAUUCGAUCUCGUGGUAGAUAACAUUGGGUCGCCUGCCAUCACUCCCGGCUUCAUCUUGCGAAAUCUGUACAAAAAGUACUGGCCAAGCCGGUUGGGGGGCGGGAAGAGACGGUGGGAGUUCAUGCAUCUUGAGAACAAGCCGGAGGACUUUUCGCAGAUUGCGCGAUGGAUGCAGGAGAAAAAGGUGCGCGCUGUGGUGGCCGAUGUUUACGGAAUGGAGGAUAAGGGACCGGUAGAGGCAUUUACCAAACUGCGGAUCGGAAGGACGAGGGGCAAGAUUGUUGUUAAAAUCGUGGAUUCGUGCGAGGAGUAG